AUGCUCAGGAAUGAAGCCUCCCAAAUUCCUCAGAAGCCAAAGCUGGAAUGGCCUUUAUGCUGCCAUCCAGCAUGCCAGCAGCACGCAGAGAGAGGCUUCUGCAAAAUCUCACACUCAGCCCUGCAAUUUUACAGCAGAACCAAAGCAAUGGGAAUCCUUUGGUUCAUUUUGAUCUUCAUCUCCCUGACAAGCCACGGAGAUGCUCAUGGACCAGACAACUGUAAACACAAAGGGGGCUUGUGCCGAGUUGGAAACUGUAUUUCUGGUGAACGUCUGUCUAGGUACUGCUUUAAACCGAUCAUUCUCUGUUGCAAAAGUUUCUCACCCACUACUGCAAAGAUCUGA